AUGUUUUCUUUAAUAAAACAUGUAUACAAUCUACUUGAUUAUGAUUACCAAAAAAAUCUGUAUGCUAAAAAAUUCGAAGAAGAAACUGAGCAUUUCGACGAGGAGUUGGAAAAUGAAAAAGUUAUCGAAGAGGAAAAAGUUGUCGAAAAGAAGCCAGCCGAAGAAGAAGUUGCAUGUUCACAAAGAACAGGAGUUAUAACUUCUCUAAGAACCAACAAUGGAAUUAUAGAUAAUUCGAUAUUUUUUGAUUCUUCGGCAGCUCCAUUUUUUCAUGAUUUCAAAGUUGGAGCAACGGUGGAGUAUUUGGCAUAUCAAAAUGUCCAAUCGGAUCAUUUGAGAGUUGUGAAGGUGGAAAUGACGCAGGACAAUUUGUGGGAUGAAGAUGACAAGACUGAGGAACAAAUAAGAGAAACCCUCGAAAGCUUAAAGUUAAACGAUCCCAAAUAUUUUAACACUCAUCAACGUAGCAUACUUGGAUUAAUUGUAUCUCGUAAUCGUCAAUUUCUCACGAUUGACACCGAUUAUAAGGAGAUCAUUGUUGACUUAGAUGCAGUAAAUAUUGAAUUUAUACCAAAAGAAGGUGAUCGUGUCUAUUUGAAUUGCAAUGUUCAAACUGAUGAAAACUUCGUCGAUCUUGCUGGUGAGAUUUUGGAAACUAAAAGUGUUCAUCCAGCUAGAACUAAGAGAGAAGAAGGUGUUGUAACAAAAUUACACGAGGAUUGGGGUGUUUUUAAUAAUGAUUCCUACUUUACCAUGGAUACUAUCGACAAUAAAAUUAAGUUAAGUGAAGGCGAUGUUAUCAGUGCUGAAUUAAUUGAAUGUGAAAGGGGAAUUUUCUUGUGGCGCUGUCUUUCAAUUGAAAUUCUAGAACGUGCUGAAAUUAAACCAAAAACUGAACCCGCUAAGCCUCCAUCCGAAUCAAAUAAAAAUAUGCCCCAAGUUAUUACCAUCACAGACAACAUACGUUUUAACUUCGAAAAAGCAUUCGAAACUCAAGAACUUAAAAUCGAAAUCAAGAACAACAGUGAAAGACUUCACAAAAUCCUGCGCAUGGACUUUACCGGCAUGCGUCGUAAUUCUCAGUUGAAAUUAGAUGAAACUCUGUGUCCCAUGCAAUUGGAGCCAGGCAAAAGCACUACAUUGACAUUGCAUUGUGAGUCCAGAUUCUUCGGUUUGACCAAAGAAAAAUUGAUAUUUACGUUUCCAAACUUCAAAAUAUUUCGCAACAUAGAAAUAUCUGUGGGAGUAGAAGAAAGGGGUAGUAAUAAAGAAAACACAGAAAAUAGAUUCAAUCCAAACAAAAGUCGCUCCCGUCACUAUGCCAAUCAGGUAUGGUCAAAGAAAAAGGAGAUAAUACCAGGUGUGAGGACACACGUUAUGCGCCGAUUCAUUGCCAAUCGAAUUCCUGCCUUUGAAGUUCCACUGAAACUUCGAAAUGCAUUGUUGGUUGAUUGUCCUCGUGCCGAACAAAUUUCAAAUCUAGACAAUCUAUAUCCUGUUUUGUCAAAAGAUUUGGACAUUAGAAACUACACAAACAGAUUUCAGACCCUGUUGUUCAUUGAAGAGAUUGAACAUUUUGUGAACUUUCGUCAAUUCGACCGCGAGAGAGCUCAUUUUGCUCGCGAUGGUGAAUAUCUUGCAUUGACAAUAGAAAAUUUGGCCGAGAAGAGACCAUCUUUGGUAGUUGGUGAUACGGUGCGCGCAACCAAUCCAUGGGCUGAAGAAGACGACAAUCGGGCCUAUGAUGGCUGCAUUCAUAAAGUACUCUUCAAUAGAAUUCUCGUCAAAUUCAAUCCAUCUUUUCAAAACAAAUACAACGGAGAAGACUAUAGACUGGAAUUUUAUUUCUCACGAUAUAGUUUCCGAAAGCAACACUUUGGUGUGCAGAAAAUUGUCUCCAACCGAGGGGAACAUUUCUUGUUUCCAUCGAAAAUAGCUCUAAGCGAUAAUUUGCAAGUUAAUGCUGACAUAGAUGAUGAUGGCAAUUUGUUGAUUGAUAAUGAAUUGGCUCCAAAACAAUGGUGCAACACAAAUUUAAAUUUAAUACAAAAGAAAGCAGUGAAAGAAGUACUCCGUGGUGAGGCUCGAAUAAUGCCUUAUGUUAUUUUUGGUCCACCCGGCACUGGCAAGACUAUAACUUUGAUCGAAACGAUCUUACAAAUUUUAAUAACUAUGCCGAAUAGCCGAAUUUUGGUUGGUACUCCAUCAAAUAGUGCUGCAGAUUUAAUAUCAACUCGAUUGAUCGAUUCUGGAAUUUUGAAUCCAGGAGAUUUUGUACGUUUAGUAGCCCAAAGACUUAUAGAGAAAGAGAUUAUCCCCGAUCACUUGAAGCAGUAUUGUGCUACUAUCGACAUAGCUGUGGAUGGUUCUACAAAAGAUUCUAUGACUGUUACCGAAUCAGGUCUAAAAUUGAGAUGUCAAAUGAAAUAUUUGGGUCGGCAUAAAAUUACAAUCAGUACCUGUGCAACUCUGAGUAAUUUUAUUCAAAUGGAUUUCCCCAAAAAUCAUUUUACACAUUUAUUAAUCGAUGAGAGUGGUCAAUGUACUGAACCUGAAAUAGUCACUACAAUGUGUUUAUUAACACAAAAUUCCGGACAAAUUAUACUCGCAGGCGAUCCUCUGCAAUUGGGACCGAUAGUUGUUAAUAAUUUUGCUGGUGAUCGUGGUUUGAGAUUGUCAUUCCUCGAACGCUUAACUUCUCGGUUUCCAUAUAGAAAGGAUAAAUUGCGUUUUCCAAACACAGGAUAUGAUCCACGAUUAGUUACAAAAUUGGUCUACAAUUAUCGUGCCUUACCAAGUAUUCUUGAAUCAUACAGUAGUCUUUUCUAUGAUUCGGAAUUAUUACCACAAUUGGCUGAACAAGGAAAUAAAGAAUUUGAUAUCCUUGAGACUGUUAGAGAUCUGUUGCCGCCAUCAGAAAUUCGUUCAAAAACUCAUGCAGCAUUCUUCCAUGGUAUUCGGGGAAUUAACAAGCAGGAUGCUGAUUCUCCUUCGUGGUAUAAUCCAGUUGAAGCAAAACAUAUUUUCUUGAUGACAAUACAACUCUAUCGUUUAAAUAUAAAACCAGAUCAAAUUGCCAUCAUAACUCCAUACCUAAAACAAGUAAAAAUUUUCCGCACUCUUUUUGCUGAAGCUGACGUUGCAAUGCCAAAAAUUGGAACCGUUGAAGAGUUUCAAGGACAGGAAAGAGAUAUCGUCUUAAUUUCGACUGUUCGUUCAUCAUCUGAUUUGAUUAAAGUUGACUUAAAAUAUGCCAUUGGUUUCGCAUGCAGUCCAAAACGCAUGAACGUAGCCAUUUCUCGAGCUCGAGCAUUGCUUUAUAUAUGUGGCAAUCCACAUUUAUUAUCUCACACUGAUAAAUGGAGUGAUUUUAUUAAAUAUUGUGUUGACAAUGAUGCAUAUCUUGGAUGUGAUUUACCUGAGAAAAUUGCACCACUAAAUAGCAAGCCAUCAUCAUCAAACAAAAAACAAGAAGAUUAAAAAUAUUUUAAAAAUCAUAACAAUUAUACAUGUAUACAUAAUAUAAAAAAAGUAAGUUUAUUUUUCUAUUAUCGUUAUUAUUAUUAUUCCAUUAAUGAAUUUAAUUAUCAAUUAGUUUUUUGAAAUAUCUUAGAAUAAGUUUACAUAUAUAAGAUUGUUAAUAUAAGUGUAUCUAUACCAA